AUGAAGGAAGCCUUGGUGGAUCUCAAGCCACCUUCUACCAUGGCCAUGAAGAGGCUGGGCGCUGCGCCCCAGGAGGGCCGGCAGGGGAGGAAGGGCAGCAUCUUGUCCCGGGAGGGCUGGCCCUCGCCCAGCGCGGUGUCCUGGGAGGCCCCUUCGGUGAGGACCACGAGCGCCAUCGCCAGCGAGGAGGCCUCGGAGGUCAGGCGAAAACCCCUGUACCUCACCAUGAUCCCAGCAGCCAUGAUGAAGUUCAGCAGGUCCCAGAAAAGGAAGAAGAAAACCGACUCUGAGCUGGCUGAGGAGCAGCCCUUAGGGGCAGAGGCCAAGGCGGCCCCCGAGACCUGCGGCUUGGGGUGCAUCGUGCUCCCCUGCUUGCAGAGACUCAACAACAUCCGCUGCUUCCUGGCUUUGUACUGCUUCCUGGUGCUGGCCCAGGGCACUGUGUUCGGCCUUGUAGACCUGAGCAAUGCCAAUUUUCACAGGGAAUAUGAGGUGAGCAGUGUGGAGAAAAUGGUCUUGGCACUCACUUAUGAUGUUUCCUCUGGCCUGACAGCAGUAUUUAUAGCUUACUAUGGAGGGAAAGGACACAGAACAAGGUGGAUCGCAAGUUCCUCCUUCCUCAUUGGAUUUGGAUCAUUUUUAUUUGCUGUUCCAUUCUACAAUGCUAAAAUUCGUCGGUCAGUGUUAGAAAUGGAAGAUAUUUGCCAGAAAAACAAGGAUAUCAACUUUUGCCCAAGAACUGGAACAAGAUUCCAAGUCAAGUAUCUAUUUUUCUUCAUCCUUGGGAAAAUGGUUCAAGGAAUUGCAGGAAUGCCUCUUUAUAUCCUUGGAAUGACCUUUGUUGAUGACAAUGUCUCCACGCACUCCUCGGGCAUCUAUUUAGGUAUUGGUGAUGCUUCAGAAAUAUUGGGAUACGGUUUGGGUUAUGCAAUAGGAGCACCACAUCUUAGAGCUGAUAAUAAAACUUUAGUGCAAAGCUCCAGCCACUAUGAGCCUGACAAACCUUUAAAAUGGUAUGCAACUUGGUGGAUAGAUUUUCUUUUUGUCGCUGCAGCUGCAUGGUCUACAUUUAUACCAUUUUUAUUCUUUCCACGUGUUUUAUCAGGUACAGAAAAAGUAAAAGCUGAGAAAAAGAAAGAGGCUACUUCGAUUGACACCAAGCUCAAAGAUCAGGACUCUGAAGCUAGCAUUAAGGAUUUAUUUGUUUCUACUUGGAGUCUGAUGAAGAAUCCACUGUUCUUGUGCCAAGCUGUGUCCAAGGCUGUGGAAGCCUUAAUUAUUAUUGGAGCUUCCAAGUUUUUACCUGUAUAUAUAGAAAAUCAAUUUAUAUUAACACCCAGGAUGGCAACUAUGCUUACAGGAGUUAUUUUAAUUCCAGGAGGUUCAAUCGGACAUUUUCUGGGAGGUGUCAUUGUUUCUAAGUUAAGACUGUCUUGUAAAGGCCUGAUGAGAUUUGUAAUGGUUACUUCUAUUGUAUCUAUUAUAUGUCUUUCCCUUGUAAUUUUUGUACACUGCGACCCAGAUAAAUUUGCUGGAAUCAAUGAAAAUUAUGAUGGAACAGGUGAGAUCGGAAACCUCACGGCUCCUUGUAACGCUCACUGCGGAUGCUCUGCCAUGAUCUAUUUUUCUGUAUGUGGAAGAGAUGAGGUUGAAUAUUUUUCUCCCUGCUUUGCAGGCUGUAAACGUUCUAAAGUUUUAAACAGAGAAAAGGCAUACUACAAUUGCAGUUGCAUUAAAAAUGGACUGUUAACCUCUGAUAUAGAAGGUGAUUUUAUUGAUGCUCUACCUGGAAAAUGUGACACCAAGUGUUAUAAAUUACCUCUGUUCUUUGCUUUUAUCCUUUCUUCAAUUAUUUUUUCCUGUUUUUCUGCCAUACCACUCAAUCUGGCAAUUUUCCGGACUGUACCAGGCAGACUCCAUUCUCUGGCCUUAGGUUUAUCCUAUGUGAUUGUGAGACUACUUGGUACCAUUCCUGGACCGUUAAUCUUUGAAUGGACAAUACGAAAUUCUUGCACUUUUCGAGACACUAAUAGAUGUGGACGCAGAGGACGUUGUUGGAUCUAUAACAAGAUAAAAAUGGCGACCGUAUGGGUGGGAAUAUGUUUUUUCUGCAAAUUAUGCACCAUCAUCCUCUCUUGUAUUGGAAUUCAUAUAUUGAGACAUCUUAAGAAGGACAGCACAGAUGAACUGUCUCUAAACAUAUCAGAUAACAAUCUGACUGUUGUGUAA